GAAAUAGCAAAAUCCCUGCUUUUGGCUUCUUGUUUGAUUGUCCGUCUUUUGCCGUUCACGGUUUCGAAAUUUGAUCGGCGAAUGGCUUUGGAUGCGAAUGUGUUUUUCUGUUGGACUCGCGGUUGAUAAAAUUAGGGUUUAUGGAGAUUUUAAGUUCUACGGGCGUGAAUUCGAGGAUCUUUGAGGGAUUUUGGUUUCGUUUGUUGUCGUGUUCUUGGGUGUCAAUGAUCGAGAUGAGCGCUUCGUGUAAUUUACUUGCUUUUUACUGAAACCAGUACAGCGUGACGGAUGAACGGUUGUUGGAUGAUGGAGACCAACAAAGCAGUUGAUGACAAGGAUUCUGGAUGGUUAGAAGUGAAGAAGAAACAUAGAACAAGCAGAAAGCUUGCUGGCCAGAAAGCUGUUGGAAGUUCUUUAGUCCACACAUUCACACCUCCUGAUCAUUUAUCCAUCCAUGAUAAGACUGGAAACUGUGGCAUCAAACAACAGUUCUCACAUUCUAUAUAUGGACUUGAUUAUGUUGUGUCAAAGGAUGAGGUUACUGGUGAUGUUACACGCAUAGCAAAAAAUCAUAAUGAUAAUGAAUUUUUUAGUGAACUUUCUGUUAUUCAAGAGACUGAACGUUUGAAGGUUAAAGUUACAGAUUCAGAAGUGAUCACCAAAGCAACUGAAGAAGUGCCCACAAAGGAAACAGCUGCAAAUUUUCAGAAAAUUAAGUGGGGUGACCUUGAGGACAUUACUUUGGAAUUUCAAGUUGAUUGUGAGAGUACAAGUGUUUCUAGUACCAAGGCUGGUAGUAGUGCUUUUCCUUGUAACAUGCAGGAAGAUGCAAAUUUAGAAAAGGUGAAUGAAUCAACAUUACAUGUGUCCUCCUGCAAUACUAAUAAUCAGAAAAGUGUUACUUUGCCAUCUUCACACGAACAACUUUCUUCACAAAAUUUAGCAAUGGGCAUCAGUGGUGAACAUGUUGAAUUUACUUGGAAAGAGGUCAAGGAAAUUUCUCCUGAAGAGAGGGAAGUAGGGAUUGUCAAUAAGAAUGCAGCUCUUCCUAGUCUGAGUGUAAUCAUUGAUAAUGCUGCAAACACAGCAUCUGACUUGGUUUCUAGUGAUAUGAAAAUAGGAGAUUUUCCUGCAUCACCUGUUCAUGGAGUUGUUCAAAUGAUAACCAGAAAACCUCAUCUUCAGUCCACAAAUAUGGUCUUGGACACCUCCAAAAAUCCAAAUGCCAAUUUUGAUACUGCCACAAUCUUUGAUCUAGGAGAUGGAAUUACACACUUGACGAGUGACACUGAAACUGCUGUUAUACGUGUUCCAGCUACAGCUGCUGCUGAAAUUCAGUGUGAGCUCCAUGAUGGCUUGACAGUUGGGGUUGAUCUUACUGAUGGUCAAGCAGGGGAGAGUAAAGAAAGAUUCAGGCAAAGGCUUUGGUGCUUUCUUUUUGAAAAUCUCAAUAGAGCAGUCGAUGAACUUUACCUACUCUGUGAAUUGGAGUGUGAUAUGGAACAGAUGGAUGAGGCUGCUCUUGUUCUAGAAGAAGCUACAUCUGAUUUCAAAGCAUUGAAAUGUAGAGUGAAACAUUUUGAGAGCACCAAGAUCCCUUCCCAAUCAUCAAAAGAUGGAUAUCCAAUUAUAAUAAAGGCCGAUAAUCGCCGACCUCAUGCACUAUCGUGGGAGGUUCGGAGGAUGACAACUUCCUCUCAGAGGGCAGAAAUUUUAUCUUCUUCUUUGGAAGCCUUUAGGAAAAUUCAACUUGAAAGAGCUGCUAAAGAUACAACUAAAGAUGCAAAAAACUUUGGUGUUAUCAACUCAAAUCAGGAGUUUGCUUGCUGUUCCUCUGUAGUAGAUGAAGUAUCUGAUGCUAGAGAUCAGAGUGUAAACAGCAAAAGGCAGAAUGUUUUCUUAAAAGAUAGCAGGACGAACAAUGAUCUAACUAAGCAGAAUGAAGACAUAAAUAAACUAGGAAAAGGACGACCUGAACAAAGUGGCCAUUUGCCACUAAGGAGCCUGCCUUUUUCUGUAUCUGGAAAAUCCAAAAGAGAACCUUCAGGACAAAAUUCAGAAGUACAAAAGCAGACACCUAAGAAGGAUAAGGAAUUUGCUGAAAAUAUGAUAGAAAAGUCUUCUAGGGCUGUGUGUAUUGUCCAAAAGCAUACUUCUGACCUUGGCAAAGAUAAGGACAAGCUGAAGCACAAUGGAGCUCAAUGGAAGUCCAUGGAUGCUUGGAAAGAAAGGCGAAAUUGGGAAGAUAUCCUCAAAACUCCAGUGCAUAGUUAUCCCAAAAUCUCAUACUCACCCGGCAUGGGAAGAAAAGUUAUGGACCGUGCCCGAGUGUUACAUGCCAAACUUAUGUCUCCUGAGAAAAAGAAAAAGAGUGCCAUGGAUUUGAGAAGGGAAGCUGAAGAAAGGCACGUGAGAGCAAUGAGAAUAAGGAAUCAGCUAGAAAGUGAACGUGUGCAGAAGCUGCAGCGAACAUCAGAGAAAUUAAACCGUGUCACUGAGUGGCAAGCAGUUCGGAACUCAAAAUUGCGUGAAGUUAUGUCUGCACGUCAUCAGCGUAGUGAAUUUCUCCAUGGGGUCCAUCUGGCAAAAGUUGUAAGGAAAGCUGGUGAUGAGAGCAGCAAGGUUAAUGAGGUUCGCUUUAUUACUUCACUCAAUGAACAAAAUAAAAAGUUGAUUCUGCGUCAGAAGCUUCAUGACUCAGAAAUGAGGCGAGCUGAAAAACUGCAGGUAAUAAAAAUAAAACAAAAGGAAGACAUAGCAAGAGAAGAAGCUGUAUUGGAACGCCGGAAACUCCUUGAAGCUGAAAAGUUGCAGCGUCUUGCUGAGACACAGCGGAAAAAGGAAGAAGCUCAAGUUAGGAGGGAGGAGGAACGCAAGGCAUCAAGCGCAGCUAGAGAGGCCAAGGCUGUUGAGCAGCUUCGAAGAAAGGAAAUUAGAGUCAGAGCUAGACAAGAAGAGGCAGAACUCUUAGCCCAAAAGUUGGCUGAAAGACUUCGCGAAAGUGAACAACGUCGGAAGUAUUACCUUGAGCAAAUACGUGAGAAAGCUUCAAUGGACUUUAGAGAGCAAUCUUCUCCUUUACAGCGUCGUUUGAAUAAAGAGGGUCUAAGUAGAUUGAUGGUGACCAGUAGUGAUGAUAAUGCAGGAACACUCAGUUCAGAUUCUGUUGACAAGCUAGUAAAUGCCACACAGCAGCACUCUUUGAAGCGAAGAAUUAAAAAAGUGCGCCAGAGACUUAUGGCACUUAAGCAUGAUUUUGUUGAGCAUCCUGUUAACUAUGAAAAUACUGGAAUUAGUAAUAGAACAUCAAUGGCUGCUGUAAGAGCGAAAAUUGGAAGGUGGAUUCAGGACCUUCAAAAACUUCGCCAGGCUAGAAAGGAAGGGGCUGCUAGCAUAGGACUGACUGUUAGUGAUGUGAUAAAGUUUGUUGAGGGAAAGGAAACUGAACUGCAUGCAGCCCGUCUAGCUGGUUUGCUUGACUUCAUAUCUUCUGCAUUACCAGCUUCCCACACUUCAAAGCCAGAAGCAUGUCAUGUGACAUUGCACCUUGUACGACUACUGCGAGUGUUGCUGUCACUUCCAGCAAAUAGGAGUUAUUCCCUUGCACAAAAUCUCAUGCCUCCCAUAAUUCCGAUGUUGUCUGCAUCACUUGAGAAUUAUAUCAAAGCUGCUGCAUCUUCUAGUUCCGGAAGCACAAACCUUCCACCAAGCAAAGCAUCCAAUGAAAAUUUGGAAUUGCUCACUGAAAUCAUGGAUGGGUUUUUAUGGAUCUUUACCAUGAUUAUAGGCCACAUACAUUUUGAUGAUCACCUACUCCAAAUGCAGGAUGGUCUAAUGGAGCUUUUAGUAGCUUACCAAGUUAUUCAUCGUCUUCGUGAUCUGUUUGCCCUCUAUGAUAGACCACAGGUGGAAGGAUCUCCAUUUCCAUCUUCACUUCUCUUAAGUUUGGCCCUUCUAUCUGUAUUAACAUCAAGUCCUGGAACAUCCUCAGUCAUUGACUGGCAAUCAUGUGCACCCAAGACAUCCGAAAUCUGUGAGCUCCACAGGUUAAAAGACUCUGAAACUAUGGUUGCAGGAGAGUCCUCUGUUACUAUUAACAAUACUGGAGAUAGCAAAAAUUUUCCAUCUUCCAAUCAAUCUAUUGAACUACAUAGAGAUGGAUCUGCUCAGGUAUCUGAGGUACUGAAUUUAGUUCCAACUGGAAAAUUGUUAUCCUAUACACCAGAAGCCAGGCAGUUGGGUGUGGAACCUGGAAAGGGUUCCUCUUCAUGUUAUACACAAAAUGUUGAAUUUGUAUUGCAAAGACGAGAUAAUGUUUUAUCAGAUGAAUUCCAAAAUCUUUUAGUCAAAGAUGAAAAUUUGUCAUCCAUGAAUAAAGAUGAGAACUUUGUUGAUGGUUCUGCAUUGAGAAAAGGAACUGACGGGCAUGCUAGCACUAAGAAGCUCACUCUGAAACAGCCUCUAAUGUUUCUUCUUUCUGCUAUUUCUGAGACUGGCCUCGUUUGUCUUCCAUCACUUCUAACAGCAGUGCUACUGCAGGCAAACAACAAAAUAUCUUUGGAUCAGGGUUCAUACAUCCUUCCAUCAAACUUUGAAGAAGCAGCCACUGGUGUAUUGAAAGUUUUGAACAAUAUGGCGAACUUAAAUAUUUCUACUCUGCAGAGCAUGCUGGCUAGAUCAGAUCUAAAAGUAGAAUUCUUCCACUUGAUGAGUUUUCUUUUGACCCAUUGCACAAACAAGUGGAAAGCAGCAAAUGAUCAGGUCGGUCUACUUCUCUUGGAAUCCUUGUUGCUUCUUGGUUACUUUUCUUUGUUUCAUUGCGAGAAUCAAGCAGUUCUUCGGUGGGGAAAAAGUCCAACUAUAUUGCAUAAGAUCUGUGAUCUACCCUUCGUCUUCUUCAGUGACCCGGACCUGACUCCCAUAUUGGCUGGUACUCUUGUGGCUGCUUGUUAUGGUUGUGAUCAGAAUAGAGAUAUUGUGCUACAAGAGCUGAGUAUCGACAUGUUGCUUUCUUUGCUGAAAUCUUGCAAGCAGAGAUUACUUUCUGUCCAGCACGACUCAUUGCAGCCAAAUGUUUCAAUGACAAAUGGCGUAAUCGAUAGUAAUCAGAUGGGUUCUGAUUCUAAGAGGUCUCAGGGUGAGACUCAGCACAGAUCUACCCGUAAAAUCUCACAAACUUUGCCAGGAAGAAGUCUUCCAAGCAGCAACUCCAAAAUCAAUAAAUCAAAAGUUCAAAGGGAUUAUAGAGGAACAAGGACUUUCGAUGAGUGGAUCUCAAAACACAAUCUAUCAAAAGUAGAAGUUGCAUCCACUUUUAUGUUACAUUGGAGAUUUCCAAUCUCUUUCUUGGACAGAGCUGAAGAAUUCUUUUCUGCGGAGAGUCAGAGCCAAUAGUGAGUCACCGGCCAGGGCUGACAUCCAAUUACAUAACCAAAACAGUCCAAUAAAUUAUUGGAUUUUAGGAUGCCAUCACUUCUGAGCUAGAUUAUUCUCCCACCACAAAAUGCUAAUCAGGCCUUUAAAUUUUAGUUUCGGCUCUACUCAGAAAAGAGCAUGUAUAUCACAGAUCCACUUCGAUGUUUCAUGUUUACUCGAUGACUAAAUGCUUAAUCACAGAUGUAUAUUACAGAUGCAAUAUUUACCAACAGGAUUACAUUGGAUGAUAGAUGAUGUUGGGUAGAAAGAGGCUGCUCCAUGCCAAAUUAAAAUGGCUCAACUUUUGAUUGAGUUACAGCAAAUGGGAUUUCAACUCUGAUCGGGAAAUCCAAUAGUUACUUAGGCCUACCAUUUCCAUGUAUACAGUUUGUGUAAGAGUCCAUUGGAAACAACAUGUCACAUGUGAUCAUGAAGUCCUUAAUUGUUGACGCAUUAGGAUUA